CUCCCUGCCGGCACAACCUGCCCUUUUAAACCGCGGAGGAGGCGCGGGAGCCGGGCUGAGCCCCGGCUGAGCCCCGGCUGCUGCGGAGGGACACCCGCGGUGAGCGCGCCGGGUUAAAGGCUUCCGAAGGGGCCGAGAGCUCGGGAAGCGGCGUGGAAUCCCGGAAAGCCUGGAGCCUUGCAGGGACAGGGUCACCUUCCACUGUCCCGGACCGCUCCAGCCUGGGCUCAGACACUUCCAGGGAUGGAGCAGCAACAAUUUCUCUGGGAAACCUCUUCCAGUGCCUCAGCAUCCUCUCCCUGAAUCAAAUUCUCUGCCGUCUGAUCCCUGCUGUUUGCUGAGGAGGUGCACAACCGCUACAAAUCAAAGCCUGCAACAAUUUUUAUCAUCUCUUGGUCCCUCUGCAGCAGGGAUUAUGGAGCAGCAGGACGUGGAUUCUCCCAGGAAUAAAUGAUUUUUUCUCUGCCAUGUGUUUUGGGGUCGGCUUUUCCUAAAAGCUUCCCUGGCUUCAUCCUCUCUCUGCUGCCUUUGUCCAGCACGGCUUUGCUCCUGCCCUGGACCCGCCCUCCUACCUGGCUGCCAGCCCGCAGCCCGUGAGCAGCAGGGGAAGCCUGCGGCGCCGUCCCUGCCCGGACCUCGCAAGAAGGGGAAGAGGAAGAGGGAAAGACGGUUCCUUCGCCGUUGAUAAAAUGGGAAGCGGCAUCUCCCCGGCAGCCCGGGAAGGGGAGCUCCGGGCCUCGCCUGGGGAGCAUCCCCGGCGGCUCUGCGGCCGGCAGGACACAGCCCCGCGCCGCUGAGGGCCGGGGGCAGCGCGGCUGGGGGCGGCCUGGGCACAGCAUGUCCUUCCAGAGCCGCCGGAGCCAGCUGCUGCUGGUCAACGCGCUGACCUUCGGGCUGGAGGUGUGCCUGGCCGCCGGCAUCACCUGCGUGCCGCCGCUGCUGCUGGAGGUGGGCGUGGAGGAGAAGUUCAUGACCAUGGUUUUGGGGAUAGGCCCCGUCCUGGGGCUGGUUUUUGUGCCGCUGAUCGGCUCGGCCAGCGACCACUGGCGCAGCAGCUACGGCCGGAGGAGACCCUUCAUCUGGCUGCUGUGCCUGGGCGUGCUGCUCAGCCUGUUCGUCAUCCCGCACGCCGGCAGCCUGGCCGGGCUGUGCGCCCCGGAGCCCCGGCCGCUGGAGAUCGCCUUCCUCAUCCUGGGCAUCGCCCUGCUGGAUUUCUGCGGCCAGGUGUGCUUCACCCCGCUGGAGGCCCUGCUCUCCGACCUCUUCCAGGAGCCGGACAGCUGCCGCCAGGCUUUCUCCGUGUACGCCUUCAUGAUCAGCCUGGGCGGCUGCAUCGGCUACCUGCUGCCGGCCAUCGACUGGGCCUUCCUGGCGCCCUACCUGGGAGGCCAGGAGAGCUGCCUCUUCAGCCUGCUGGCCCUCAUCUUCCUCGGCUGCGCGCUGGCCACGCUCUUCGUGACGGAGGAGGCAGCCCAGGGGGACGUCCCGGACGGGCCGGCGCUCAAGGACGCGUCCCCGAAGCCGUCCCUGCGCCGCUGCGGGUGCUGCGGGCGCUGCGCGCCGCGGGGCAGGCGGCUGCUGCGGGCCCUGCGGAAGCUGUGCGCGCUGCUGCCGCGCCUGCACGGCCUCUACUGCCGCAUCCCCCGCGUCAUCCGCCGCCUCUUCGUGGCCGAGCUCUGCAGCUGGAUGGCCCUCAUGACCUUCAUGCUGUUCUACACGGAUUUUGUCGGGGAGGGGCUGUACCACGGCGUGCCCAGGGCCAAGCCGGGCACGGAGGCCAGGCGUCGCUACGAUGAAGGUGUCCGGAUGGGCAGCUUGGGCCUCUUCCUGCAGUGCAUCACCUCCAUCUUCUUCUCGACAAUCAUGGACCGGCUGGUGAAGCACUUUGGCACGCGGGCAGUGUACCUGGCCAGCGUGGUGCUCUUCCCCGGCGCCGCCGUCGUCAUGUGCCUGUCCCACAGCGUCACCGUGGUCACCAUCUCCGCCGCCCUGACGGGGUUCACCUUCUCCGCCCUCCAGAUCCUGCCCUACACGCUGGCAGCCCUCUACCACCACGACAAACAGGUAUUCCUGCAUAAAUACAAGAGGAAAGAGGAGGAAGACGCCGCUCCGCUGGACAAGAAAUCAGCCUUCUCCAAGGGGCUGCUCUCCAGCCAGAAGCUGCCUUACCAGAAUGGCCACACUGGGAGCCUCUUCUCCUCAUCCUCAUCCUCCUCCUCCUCCUCCUCCUCAUCCUCCUCCUCCCCCGCGGCCGUGUCCAGCUCUGCUCUGUGCGUCAGCUCCCCCUGCGACGUCUCCCUCCGGAUCAUGGUGGGAGAGCCGGAGCCGGGCGCUCCCGGCCGAGGGAUCUGCCUGGACCUGGCCAUCCUGGACAGCGCCUUCCUCCUGUCUCAGGUCGUGCCCUCGCUCUUCAUGGGCUCCAUCGUCCAGUUCACCCAGUCCGUCACCGCCUACAUGGUGUCGGCGGCCGGGCUCGGGCUGGUGGCCAUCUACUUCGCGACCAAAGUGGUGUUUGACAAGGGCGACAUGGCCAAGUGCUCCGCGUGACCCCAGACGCCGU